AGCAUUUUGAAAUUCCAGCGGAAGUGAGUUGAAAUCCGCAUUUUUAAUCACCGCUUGGAACAAAGGGCUGUUGUAUAGUUAUAAACUGUCAUAAAAAUUUCAUAAACGACUCGCAACGGUGCAGAAAUUAUGUGGAUUUGCCCUGGGAUUUAAUCGUAAGGAAGUUGGUGUUGCAUUAUGGGAAAUUUGACGUCACAACGCUGUACGAGAAAGAUGGGGAGUAGGCAGUAAAGCGGGCCAAAAUUGUUUAUUUUUGUUGCUUUCCCCCGAAAUAUUUACUUAUGGAAUAUAUAUAAAUAUCAUAGACCACAUCGAGAUGGCUAAAUAUCGAUGUAGUUACUGCCAGAGUGAUAUUUCGGGGUACAGAGCGCAGUGUUCUGAAUGUGUCGACAUUGACCUUUGUUUACAGUGUUUUUCAUGUGGUGCUGAACUGGGUUCUCACAAACGUGAUCACAGCUACAAAAUCCUGGAUGACAGUCCUGUUGGUGCAUUUGACAUUGCAAGAGCAUGGAGUCUGGCAGAGGAAACCAUGCUCUUAGACGCAGUGGAGCAGUACGGAUUUGGAAACUGGGAUGAUGUGGCAAGUCAUGUAGAAUCUCGAUCAGCGGAAGAAUGUCAAGACCAUUAUGUUACUUUCUACGUCAAUGGAAGUAUUGGAAAAGGUAUAAUUGUUCAGAGUUUU